GAAUUCCGUCCUGCAACAGCGAUACCCUGCACAUUUUAGAAGAUAAGAACGAAGUAGGUAGUCAGGUGACCUUUAAGCGACAAGACGUAUGACGACGUGGAUGGUGUCAAGGCGGAAUAUUUUCUCCAUUUAACCAACGCGACCUCGCAGCCCGUUCUCGCUUCCUCUCAAUCUCAAUCUCCGCAUCGCCGACGACAAUGAGCUGGUGGUGGUCCGGUGCGAUUGGCGCCGUUAAGAAGAAGCUUGACGAUGACUCCAGCGUAGCUGGAGGCAAGCAUCCUAGCGUAGGCCUCGUGAUCGGCGCCACCGGCAUCGUCGGCAUGAGCCUUGUCGAGAUCCUCCCGCUUCCUGACACCCCCGGUGGCCCCUGGAAGGUGUACGCCGUCUCCCGCCGCCCUCGGGUUGCGUGGCUUCCUUCCCCCUCCGACGGCCUUAACGUCGAGAACAUCUUGUGCGACAUAUCCGACCCCGCCGAUGCCCUAGCCAAACUGUCCCCGCUCACCGACGUCACCCAUAUCUUCUACGGUGCUUGGGCAAAUCGCGAAUCCGAGAUCGAGAACAUCGCCGCUAACACCGCUAUGCUCCGCAAUGUCCUCGAUGCCGUUCUCCCCUCCGCCCCCAGUCUCCAACACGUUUGCCUCCAGACAGGUCGCAAGCACUACCUCGGCAGCUUCGAAUCCUUAGGUAAGGUCAAGCCGCAUGAUCCCCCAUUUCACGAGGAUCUUCCUCGUCUCCCUGCCCCCAAUUUCUACUACGCACAAGAGGAUGUCCUAUUCGACUCCCUUCGCAGCCGCGACGGCGCAGUCACUUUUUCUGUUCAUCGUCCCUCCGUCAUCUUCGGGUUUUCACCCACCAGUCUCAUGAACAUCGUUGGUUCGCUUUGCUUCUACGCUGCCAUCUGCAAGCGAGAGGGCAAGCUGCUGCGGUGGCCCGGGAGUCGGAUCGCUUGGGAAGGGUUCAGCGAUGCUUCCGACGCCGAUCUGAUUGCUGAGCAGCAGAUCUGGGCGGCUGUGGAUCCGUUUGCGAAGAAUGAAGCGUUUAACUGCAGCAACGGGGACGUGUUCAAGUGGAAGCAUUUGUGGAC